UACUGAAUAUGAAUCUGAACUUAAUGCACCUUGUAAUGUCAACUGCAUCCUGGUGUUUAGUACACAGUCCAAAGACAUAUGCAACAGGAUGCGGUGCGACCUCACCCUCAAGAUGGACCUGCUGGGCGAGAAAGAAGCCCAGGAACUGUUCUUACAUGAAGUUAGACACGAUGAUGAUCCUUCCCGGGUGCACUUGAAGCAAAAGCAGAAGAUCCAGCAAAUAGCAGUCCAAGUGGCGAAUCAGUGUGCAAAAAUGCCACUGGCUAUCAUCUUCGUAGCCCGAUCAAUGGCCGGGAUAAAGGACCUUCGUGAAUGGAGAAACCGUCUGAAUGAGCUGAAGGGUGACAUUGCAGGCAUCCACGAUGAUGAGGCUAAGAUACUGGAGCAGCUCAAAUUUGGGUUCAUGUGCUUGGAAGACAGUAUAGUCCAGCUUUGCUUCCUGGCAGCUGCAAGUUUGUUGGCUGAUGACCGUCAGGUUUACAAAACAGAAAUAAUUCAGAAUUGGAAGGAACGCGGGCUAGUUGGCUUCGACCGACAAUGCGAGUUUGCAGAUGACAAGGGUCAUGUUAUAUUGAACCAGCUUGAAAGAAUGUGCUUGCUUCAAGUUGCACCAGAUCAACAAAUAGUGACCAUGAACAAGUGGAUUUGGAAAAUGGCCAAGAAGGUUAAUUGCUAGAGGGAUUUGUGACCAUGAGCACACUAUAAUCAAUUUUUUACGUCAACCCAGCUCAAACUUACGGUCCUCUUUGGUACUCCAUCUGCAUUUAUUUAAGGGAUACACUUGCCUUUUCCGGCCGUAUUUAUUUAAGAGAUACACUUGCCAUUUUUAGUAACUUAUCAACCCCACCAUCUAAUUAAAUAAUAUAUCUACACCCCACCCCCACCCUCCACUCCCUAAAAUGACAUGGUCCCCACAUUUUUUUCUUAUUAAAAUAUCUACUCAACCCCACUUGUUUUAUUCUUUAUUUCAUUCAAUUCUUUUUCUUAAUACCCGUGUCCGCCCAAGUGUAUCUCUUAAAUAAAUACGGAGGGAGUAUGUGGUUAUGAAGUAAGAAUAUUUGGACUCUUCAUUGGACUACUGUAAUUGUAUUUUUAUUGACAAAAACUAGAUGUAUUAUUGCCAUCAGUUUAUUUUACGAGCAUUUUUUUUCUUCUUUUUAUGAGUACCUUCCGGCAAAAGACAUUUUAAAAAGCACCAAAGUUUUCGGGAUGUACGUUCUACACAAGAAGAUUAUAUGGCAUGCAUUCAUGUAUUUAAAACUUUGACUAGUAGCUUAAAAUUCUUUCUUUCUGGAUUUAUUCCAAUUGCACCCCAACAACAAUUUUAUACAAAUAUCUGAAAAGAAGAUUGAUCCAAGAAACCGUCUUUCAAGCAAAAAGGAAAGGGAAACAGUUGACCUAGGAUGACAAGUUAAUUUAUAGUUAACAAAAAUUAAGUACUUAGAAAAAGAAUCAGAAAAUUAAGGAGGGAUUAGUACC